AUGGUAUCUUCCAGCCUGGGCCCAGGUGAUGAUGUCACCAGCCAUGACAUCAUCACCUGCCAUGAGACCUCAACUGUUGGAAAGAGACAGUUGGUGAGGAGACAUCAGAGAGUGAGAGGAGAGAAGAGAGAUCAACGCAACUUUAGAGAGAAAAUGAAGAGGAAUCAUCUAGAUUGUUGCAAUUCAGACCCCGGUCCAUCACAGAAGAAAAGGAGAAGACCAGGAAGUGAGAAGAAAGAAGAUGGAAAGACCAAGAAGAAGAGAGUGAGGAGUCUGAAGAGCAGCGUGUACCAGAUGAGAGCUGCAGGGAGGAGAAAAGGAGAAGGGAGGAAAAUGAUGAAGGUAAAAAAAUGGGCCUAUAUUGAAAAAUAUGAAAAUGUGCAUGGUUUUGGAGAUGCCAAAACCGUGACACCAGCUCAGUCUUCAAGGCUUGACCCGCUCAGUGUCUCCAGCUACGACAUCUUCUCUAUGCUGGGAACAGGAGGAUUUGGCAAAGUGAUGCUGGCCAAGUUAAAAGACAGGAAGACAUACGUGGCUCUGAAGUACAUCAGAAAAAAAGAGACCGACUACAACAGCAUUGUCACUGAGGCACAGGUCCUAAAAAUCUCAAGUGACUGUCAAUUCCUUUGCCAAGGCUAUGCCACUUUUCAAACCCAGCGGCAUGCCUUCUAUGUCAUGGAAUACCUGAGCGGGGGAAGCCUUGAAGACGAAUUGGACAACGGAUGGCUGGAAAGGGAGAGAGUCCAGUUCUAUUCGGCAGAGAUGAUAUGCGGCCUGCAGUUCCUGCACAGCAAGGGGAUCAUCCAUCGGUCAUGUAACUCCUUUAAUCUCUUUAUUACAGAGACAUCCAAACCCCUCAACAUCUUGUUGGACCACAAAGGCCAUGCUAGGAUCUCAGACUUCGGCCUGGCUGUACAAAAUGUAUUUAAAGAUGAUACCAUCACUGGCGAGCACGGAACUCUUGCAUACAUGGCCCCGGAGAUCCUACAAGGAGUGCCAUAUAAUGCACCGGUCGACUGGUGGUCUCUUGGGAUCACCAUCUGCGACUUGGCCAGUGGAGAGGCCCUGUUUUACAGCGACGACAGAGCAAGACUCAUUGAAAUGAUCACCUUGGAUGAGCUUAUAAUACCUCAAUGGCUGGAUGAUGAUCUAAUAGAUCUUCUGGAAAAGCUCCUUACAAAGAAUCCGAGGCGACGGCUCGGUGCACGAGGGGACAUCAGGUGCCACCAAUUCUAUGAGUCCAUCGAUUGGGUGGUGCUGGAAGAACAAGGAGCAGAGCCCCCUCUCCAGCCAAGUGAACCAGCAGCAAAGCUCUUCAAGCCGUAUGAGGGAAAGCUGUCGUUCCUCGGGUCCCAGGAAGAUAAAGCCACAGCAGGGGACAAUAAUAUCAUCUCUGGCUUUUCAUUCCUACGUUCCUCCUGGCUGAAGUAA